AUGUGCGAGCCCAGCGGCACCCCCGCCGCCGCCGCCAAGACGGCCGCGGACACCGCCGCAGCCGCAGUGAAGCUGGGCGCCAACGCGACGCAGGCCGCCGCGAAGGGCGCCGCCGCCGCCGUCAAGCCUGCCGUCGCUGCCGCCGCCGUCAAGCCUGCCGGGGGCGCCAACAACACCGCUGCUGGCGGUGCUGCCGCCAAGCCUGCUGGGUCUCCCAAGGCUGCCCCCGGCGCCGCCAAGAACGGCACCAACGGCGCGGCCCCCAAGGCCGCCCCAGCCGGCGCCGCCGGCGCGGACAACGGCUCCGCCGCCACCGGCCGCGCCGCCGUGCCCGCGGCCGUCGUGCUGCCCACCACGACCUCGUCCGGUUCAGGCGGCUCCUCCAGCGCCGCCGGCGCCUCUCCCUCCACCACUGGCGGCGCGGCCGGCUCCCCCGACGCCGACGGCACCGCCGCCGGCGGCGCGGGCGGCUCGUCCGGCAUGUCCGGCAUGUCGGGCUCGUCGGGCUCGAGCUCGCCUUCCCCCUCGAGCUCGCCUUCCAGCGGCGCCGCGGGCUCGAGCGGCGCCUCCCCGUCUUCCUCCGGCUCAUCUGGCGCCGGUUCUUCCGGCUCUGGGGGCUCCACGAAGGCGACCAGCUCAGCCGCCACCACGGCUGCCGGCGCCUUCACCAUGGCAGUGGCUGGCCUGAUCGCCGCCGUGCUGUGA